UCACGCUUUUAUUUCCGUCGAUCUCCGCGUCUUUUUCCUUCCCCGAGCCUCUCCAUUGGAGAACACUUUUCCCGACCGUAUGUAGCCUACGCACACGCACGCACCGCACCAUCACCACCUGUACGCCCUUCCACCCGUGCUUCCUUUCCGCUUUUACUACCUAGGCUAGGCACUACUCCAGCCCGCUCAGGCUCCUGGAAUCGAGGCACCCCUGUCCUCCCACACUCUUCUGCCAGGCUACAUCAUCAUUUAUUUGGCCCCUCCCGUCUCGUCCGUCCCUUUUCGUCUUUUUAAGAACCACCCUCCCUGUUCCCCCUCCUCCUUCUUUUGCACCUCGACCCUAGCGGCGCUCUUCGACAUCUCGCCCAUUGUUCAUGAGCUUGCUAGUGAGGAAUUUCGCGACAGAAUCGCACCUGUUCCAAGGAGCAGAUCUCGGGACUUAAGAGAAACGCAGGAUUAGGCAGUGAUACAACCAACCAGUACCAACCUACCACCUACCACCGCACAACCUAUCCAUCCACCCAAGUACAGCCGCGUUACGACGAUCCUUUUCCCCGCCUGAAAGGACGUCAUUCGGACUUGAAAACAUCGCCGACGCACACCCUCGCGCGACCCAAACGCUACACACGAAGCUAGCACGGCUUAGGCUCAACAAAGGACGCCCAAGCUCCAGCCAUUAAACUUACUAUCUUGGCCUGCAGUUAUAUCAGAACAAGUAGACACAAUGGAGAGCCUUCACAUCGACACCCGUCUCGCCUCCGUUGACGGGCCCCAGUCCCCAAGGGCACCCCCGAAAGAGGUGUCGUACCAAAGGGACUACGGCUCCAACAGAAACGGCGGCACUCCGCGCACUCCCCGGCGAUCUCAGACUGUUUACGACUAUCAGCCUGCAGGCUUGCCCGAUGGCUGGAUCAUGAUGCAAAACGGCUACACACCCCAGGUUCGCGAGAGCCAGGCUGCCGCAGGCCGGAUCCCGUCCCCGAUCGCCGAGGCACCCCCCGCCGUCGAGGGCGGCGAUUCUGAUUCCAUGUCGGUGACGUCGAGCUCCUCGUCAGACAAGAACUACCAAGUGGCCCCUGCCCCGGAGGCCAAUGCACGACCGCGCCGGCCCGCCCUCCCCCCUCCCCGGCGCUCCUACUCAGUCAUGGACUAUGAGCCUGUUCCAUACACCCACCGUCCGUCUGCGGUGCUGGCCCUCAUGGAUCUUCCCGGCGAGGUGCACUACAACAUCUUCGACCACCUCGACUCGAUCGAUGGCACUUGCCUGGGCCUCACAAACAAGCACUUCUACGCCAUACAUCGCCGCAUGCAUGGCACUGUCGCGCUGACCCAGCGCCGCGCGGGCCCCAACGAUAUGGAGUGGGCCUGGCACCUCGCUGGCAACGUUAAGCACCACGCCAACAGCCCCGUGCCCCGGCCUCCUGCGGACCCUGCCGCAGUGGCCGCCGUGGCUGCCGUAGCCGCAGCGGGAGGAGAGGCGGAGAAGAAGGCGCUCGAGAAGAAGGCGCUGGCCAUGCUCCGUGUCCGCGGCCAUGCUUACUGCCGAAAGUGCGGCAUCUCGCGGUGCGAGCUGCACACGCACAUCAAGGAUUGGAUGGGCGACUCGUACGAGUACUGCAACGUCCGGCAGAAAUAUGGACCCAAGGCGCCCGAGGGCGUCAAGAGCUUCUGCUACCUGAGCAACCCCAAGAAGCCGGGUCGCUGCGGCCGCCACCGGGUUACGAGACCGCAGUCGACCCCUACACAGACAGAUAUAAUGUCCCCUGUUACUCCCGGGGCGUGAUAGCCAUUGGGCACGGCUGCCAGGAAGGAAGCAUGUUUUUUUUUCCCUCUUACAAUCGCAGUUAGCGUGUAUUGAUUCGCGAUGAUGGGAUGUGAUUGUUGUUGGGUUCCUUUCGAGGAAUGCUCCGAUCCUUUGGAUAUGGGUCGAUGGCCCAAGGGUCUUCAAGCAGGCGUUCAUUUGAUACAGGAGGACUUUGAGUUAUGGAUGGCCGGUCUCGUCGCCAAAACUGGGCGAUGGUAGCGGUCGCGCGCUGAGUUUUAUGUUUCUGGCUGUAAAAUCGUAAUCUUUGGCAGGGAGGGGCGCAUGAGUAUCACAUGGAGAAUUUGGGUUUCUGGUCAGAUGGAGUUGCAUUUUCGUUGGGUACCGCCGACGAUUUAACGACACUUUCAUCACGAUCUCGGCACGGAACUUGGGCAAACAUGGUCAUUUUAUUCCCAUUUGCAUUGCGCUUCAGCACAAGCCUACAGCCUAUAUGUGCGAUA